AUGGUUUCUCACUCUCUCGCCCUGCCGAUGAUCUGCUUCACCACGCUGUGGGGGCUGGUGGGGGUUGUGGCUCCGUUUUUGGUUCCUAAAGGUCCUAACCGAGGGUAGGUGGUCUCUGCUGCCGUUAUUUACGAUUCACUGCGAUUAUCUGACGUUUCUUUUCUAUUUCAGACAAAAAUGUUUUUUUAUCGAAUAUAUUUUUAUAGUUAGGGGUCAAUUCAGAUCUCAUUUAGAGCUGUAAAGGCGUGAGCGCGCACCUGCUUAUGUGAUGGAGGCCCUGCGCGUCACCGAGCAUCCAUCCAACAACCAUCCAACAUCCAUCCAUCAUCCAUCCAUCCUGAGGUUAAAGGGUUAAAUCAACAUCACAGUCGCUUUAAAAAAUAUCACGUUUUAUAUUUUUAGUUUGAGAGCCUCUUAUUUUUAAACUUUUAUUUUAGAGUUUAAUUUAAAAUAAUAACUACUUAGAAUAGAGGAGAGUGGGGUAAGAUGAGCCACCCCCUGUUGUUUGGAAAUGGUCAAAGAAAUUGAUCAUGUGACCAAAUAUUGAGGAGAUGUUCAUCAAUUCAUGGAGUCCGUGAAGGUUAGAAGCUCAUGGGUGAAGAGGUUGGACCGUAGACUGUAGACAAACUACAGACAACCUGGUUCCGCCUCCCGCCAGUUUACGGAUUUGAAGCUGAAAAGUUCUCGGUAAUUCUGCGUUUUUUCUCCAUUUCCUGAAACCAACGUUACGCAGUAGCGUUGCGCGCAUUCGGCGGGAGAGUCGCUGUGAUGACGCUCGGCUCGAACAGCGUAUCCCCCGGGUGAGGUACGCAAUCUCCGUACGCCCAUAGGCUGUAUAUGGAAUGGACGCUGUCUGCCUCCACUCUGAGAACAGCGCCCUCUGGUGACGGGCUGCAGUAUAGGUCAUGACACAGAAUAUAAAUGUUUCUCCCCCCUGGUUGUGAUGUUGACAUGUAGUUACUGUCAGACUGGUUUGUGCUCAAGUCUCUUUUUUCUGUACAGCUCCAUUUUUAAAAGUUAUUAGAGGGUUCAUGUUUUCUAUGAUUGACACCUGAAACAGCCUAUGGGGGGACAGGGAUUGCGUAGCUCACCCGGGGGGAUACACUGUUUGAGUCGAGCGUUAUUACAGCGACUCUCCUGCGGAACACGCAGAACGCUACUGCGCAACCGGUGGAGUGCGUACAACUCUACGGUCAACUUACCCCAUACACGGGGUAAGUUGACCAUAGGAGACCACUUUUUUUUGUCCUGCAAUAUUCUGAAGAUGACAGUUCUGUUUACAGUCAUUCUGUUGGUUUGCAGGGAUGAACAACAUCCUGAAAUAUCUGCAGAUAGACUAGUUAGAGACGUAGAGAUCUGAAAUAUGAAACAUGGAUCAUCUUACCCCGCUCUCCCCUAUAGUAUGAACAAUCGGAUUUCUGAUGUGUUGAAAUGUGGACCUUCUGGAAGAUUCUGCUCACUGAUGCUCUCAGCGUUUAGUUGGUACUGCUUUUGCAUGUAUUACUACCUCAGUGUGAAGUGUCGUGGAGGUGAUCAGUCUGUGUCAGUGAAGUUCAGGUUACUUUGAUCCUUCAGCUCAUCUGUGUUGUUGCUCUGGUGUCUCUCAUCAAACUCAUGAUUAUAGUCCAGAGAUCCUCUUUGAGGUUCAUGUUAGACCAGUUAGCUGGACUAUCGAACACAGUCAGUGUGUUUACAGUCACGGUUUAAUCAGUUUUUUCACCGACUCGGACUUCUCUCCUUGUCCACGUAUAGAAAAUUUAGUUAUUGACGUGAAAGUGUCCUCUUCCCCAACACUAGGGGGCGAUAUGGGUCUUUUCAGCGUCUCUGUUUCUGACCCCAUACAACCGUCACCAACAACAGCAGGUCGGUGUCAGACGUCAGAAGUGUCUACAACUGCUGCUGGGCAUUUUGGAGAAACAAGAAGAUGGAGCAUCGUACAGCGUUGUUUUUGUCCGACAUGAUGGACGCGCUACUUUUUCUAAAGAUGGGACCAACGCUACUCCUCUACUCUGGGGUUUUGUUACGGGGCUAUAGCUCACGCACACAUGCAUUGUCUGAUCAUACUCCGACUACGCUGGUUACAUGGUCGAGAAAAUUGAAUUCCAGUUGCCUCAGUUGCCUUCCAGAGUUCUCAAACUCCAAUUGGGACUAAUGUGUUUACAUGCACUUCAGUUGUCCGGUCGUAAUCGGAAUAUGGCGAUAAUUCGGUUUUCUCGAGUGUCAUGUAAACAGACUGACUUAACCCAUGGUCAGAUUCUGGUAGUUUUGUCACUGUGGGCAGGAAAAGGAAAUCUGGAUCUGGAUGGAAACAUGAAGGUCUCUAAUGACCCUAAUCUGAAAACAGGACUCUGGACCUCUGAGCAGGAGUCUAGUCCUUUUCUUCUCGGUCCAGUUGAGACUCUUAUGACAUUGUCUCUGGUUCAGGAGUGUCUUGGAACAGGAACAGGGCACUUGUAGUCCAUUUCCGGGACUCAUCUGUAUAAAGUGACUCUUGAUGCUCAAACUCCAUCCUUAGUCCACCCCCCUUGUGAAGCUUCCCCAUGAUUGUGGUUGUGUGUGCUGGACCAGAAUGAGAGAAUAAAGGCCCAGUAAACCUUCAUCGGUGCUGACACUUAAUCAGCUGAUUGGAGCUUUUUUACAGGACUGAGAGAACUGACAAGAAACUGGACUUUUCCACGAUUGUUGGAUGUUUUGAGAUGGUGGAUUUUUGAGUUUUGUGAGAUGUAAUCAUCAAGAUUCAAACUAAACAGUCUUGAAAUGUUUCAGUUUGUUUGUGAUGAAGCUAGAAUAUAUUAUUUUACGGGGGAAAGAACAUUUUUUUUCUUUUCUGCACCUUUUUCCUCCAUCUUUUUUUCCUGAGUGCUGUUUAUUUUAAUGUCCAGCUGAUUAGGUCAAAGCUCUUCUGCUCUCAGCUUCUCCUGCAAAGAUUUCCUCUCAUUCAGCUUUAUAUUCAGCAAUGUUGUAACUCUGCAUGCCUUUGUCCUCGUGCCUCAAAUGAAGGCACUAAGCUCUCUGCUGACACCUGCUGCCUGGGGGUGUGUAUAGUGCAUUUUGGUCUUUUUCAAGUAUUUUAAAAACAAACACACACACUCGACGUUUCACUAAGACCUAGUACUGAAAUGUCGCAAAUAAACACUCCUUUUGUUUUGAUAUUCAUCCAUCUUAUCGAAACUUACUGACUUCUUUGUCUGCUGCCUAAAAAGGAGACUCUAGAAUUCUGACAGCAAGGACAGAAAAAUCAAUAAAAGAUGUGAGUUUGGGGUCAUUAUCCAGUAAAUUAAACCGUUCGAUCAGCUGAACAUAAAAAAAAAAUUUCACAAAUUAAUAGUGAAUUGAAAGGAGGCAGCUGCUGUACAGAAAGUAAAGAGCUCUCAUAUUUCAAAAGCUCUUCAUUUCCACUUCAUCUGUUACAUUGAGAUGUAAUUAACUUGAAUGUUGAAAUAAACUGUAAUUUGCAGAAACAGUGUUUGCAGCUGCAGAAGUGAAAAUCUUUCUCUGUUUUCUUUAACAGGGUGAUCGUCACCAGUCUCAUCCUCACAGCCGUCUGCUGCUAUCUGUUGUAAGUACGAUAAAUCCUCCUCUACCUCACGUUCAUGAAGCUCCUGUCGUUCGUCAUCUUUGUAUGAUCGUGUUUCUCCUGUAAACAGAUUGACUGACCAGCUGCUGUCAAACAUCAAAGUUCUAACAGUAAAUAAAGAAAAAUAAAGGAAACACAAAAUCAUCACAGCGUAAUGUUACGUUCACAUCAAGAGCAAAUCAAAUCCUCUUCUCGCUUAUUUCAUGUGAACGACUUGCUUUUAACUUAAAACUUGUAGAAAAUCAUAUUCGUUGUGCAGUAAAGCGAUUCAAGUCGAUCAUAAAAUAUGUUGGAUUGAUUUAAAUAUUUUGAUUUAUUUAUGAUUUCCAGGAAGAAAAAUACUCCUACAAAUAAUAUGAUGUUACGGAGCCCCUCUGGUGACACUGGAGGAAAAAGAAAUUAAUGCGUGGCCACAGUUAUUAUCUCGUGUACUGUACUGUAUGACAGUGGAGCUGUUGAUUUUUGUUUGCAGUGUCUUGCUCUUGUAUUGCACUUUGCAGACGGUCCCUGAGCACUCGCCCGGCUACCAGCUGUGCGUAGAGAUCAAUAUUCUUCAUUCUUCAACAAACUUCCUCUAAAUCCCCCUGACAGACCCCACUACUUAAGUUGAAUCAUGUCCACAAGAUACGAACUGGUGGCCACACAUUAUUAUUUUUUUCCUCCAAUGUCACCAGAAGGGCUCUGUAUGAAGUACAGCAAAAAGAGAGUAUAAUGCAACACAAGAGUGUCUUGAUCAUUUAAUUCCACUAGAGGGCGCUCCAACCUCAAUAUAACACCGACAUAAAAAGGCAACAGCAGAUACUUCAACCAGUGAAGGAAGGAUCACAAAUGAAAUAAAAAAGAAAGGCCUGAUUUUCAUGAAAAACUUGAUUUAUUACACAGUUUAUUUAUUAUUUAUUUAUCUUUCACUAAACUCCUGAAAACAUCCUGAUAUUUUAUUUUAUGUGUGAAAAUUCAAACAGCAGAAACGUUUCAGACCGAUCAUUACAUAUGUGGCCAUUUCUAAUUAUUAUAUCGUGUUAUUUUUCAACAUUUAUCCUGACAUCUGAGUUGACUUUGACUCUUCUUUGGAAGUUAUUUUAUUCUUUGUUUGCACAGCUCAUGGGAAAAUCACACUGAAGUGAAAGGCACUAACUUCCAUUUUAUCCUGUAACUGUUGCUUUAAAAAGCUCCAUAAUGACCAACCUGAUAAAGUCUUAUAAUGAUAAACAAUAAAAUUACUGCGGCUCUUUUAUUGUUUUAAUGAGUAUUCAUGAUUGACAGCAUUUAUCAUGACAGUAUAUUAUUACAUUAUGGUUUGUUUGUGAUGAUCAGAUUUUAAGAUCAGAUCAUUUCAGUAGAUUUUGUUUGUUUUGAAUCGACUCAUUUUUAUGUCAAAUUAAAGUUAAAUUUUUAAGUGUUAUUAUGAAGAUAAAAAUUAAUUAGCCUACCAUCAAAACUCCCACUGACAUUAAACACUGAUUAUUUUAAUGCAGCGUUACGGUAACCUUAAUUGAUGCUGAGGUUAUCAAACCCGAGACCAUCACUCUGUAUGUAACAUUAGCAUUCAGCCUGGUAGCUUUUAACAAUUAACACUUUAAGCUGAACAGAUAUCUAUAAUCAAGUUAACCGUCCGUCAGCAUCAGACAUCAGAUUACUCCACACAAACAGGCCUUUUCAUGCAUGUGAUAUCACCAUCAAAUUUCUAACAAUUAGCUGAACUAAACAUGAGAAUUAACGAGGAAAUAAAGCCACUUACUGUUACCGAGUCUUACAUCAUCUCCUCAGAGUAAACACGCCCAGUACUACGGGUUUGGCAGCAGGCGGCGCCAUUUUUAACUAAUUUAAAAGCUUCGGAAAACAAGAGACCAGUGAUAAAACCCUGACCUCAGAGAGUCUAAACGAGAAAAAUCUGAACUCUUAAUCUGGAGGCCAUUUUCAGUAGAUAGAUAGAUAGAUAGAUAGAUUUAAUGAUCCCAAAGCAGCAAAAAAUACAAAAUAAAAUUAAAUGUAAGAAGUAAGUACAAUGCAGACUAAAAAUACUCAAUAUAUACAAUAAAUACAGACUAAAUAUAGUAAACAUCCUAAGAGGUAAAGGUGAGAUAUGAAGAACGUGGGCUAUUGAAAUGAGUAAUAAAUAUGAAAUGCGAAAUAAACAGAUGGGAUGAUAAAUAAUAAUAAUAAUAAUAAUAAUAAUAAUAAUAAUAGAUUUUAUUUGUAACGCACUUCACAUUUAAAAACAAAUCUCAAAGUGCACAACAAGACAACAAUAACAGUAAAAACCAAGCAACAGGGCAAAACAAUAAAAAACAGUCAACAUAAAAAACAGUCAGCAGAUAAAAUCAGAUAAAAUAGGUACUAAAGUAAUGUGAUGUGGUAGGAGUUUUUUUUAAAAAUGGACUAUACAGCAGACAGAUGAAUGAUCUUCAAAAUGAUUGAUCAUCAUUUUCUCCCUUUUCUCUUUUUUCUGAGCCAGUUGGUUGAUAGCCAUCCUGGCCCAAACCAACCCUCUGUUUGGCCCUCAGCUGAAGAAUGAAACUAUAUGGUAUCUGCGCUACUUCUGGGAGUAAAUAAGGUGAGUUUGUCUGAGGAACGCAUUUAGAAGAUUAAUCUGAGGGUUGGUGGUCUUUCUGUGGUCCGUGUCAGACAGCCAGCGGAUAUUUAUAAUUUUUCAAAACUGUUUUUGUGACAUUUUAUAAAGAUUCUGAAUCGGAGCAAACGAGAACCGCUUACUCUUAUGUGAAUCGAUUUCUUUGGCACAUCGCUACACACGACCUUAUCUUGGCGAGCUGGUUCUCAUUCCUCAUUUGCUGUAAGUUUCAACAUGCAGAAACAAACAAACUCUUUGACACAAGUGAGGAGUCUUUUCUUUUUAUUCUGCAGUCCUCAGAUAUAACUCAGUAUAUCUGGGAAGUCCUUCAUUGUUUCUGUUUUUCGGAGAGAAUUUCAGGGAAUUUAACACAAAUCCAUGAAUCAACAUAACUCUUAAAGCAGCCUGAGUGGAGCGCUACACAUGGAGAGAAGUUAAAUAGGCCAACCGGGCCUGCUCUAGUUUGUUAGAGAGUAGGGCUGGGCGAUAAACUAAACUAAACUAAAUAAAAAAUUAAUAAAUCAAAGUUGUUCUGGAUGUGUGUAGGUAGGCUAUGGUCUCAUGUCCCUUUAAGACGCUGUCCUACAUCAGAGAUGUGACUCCAGGUGAGGAGAUGGAGGACGGAGAGAAAGUUGGAGCGGCUGAAGUAGACAAAGUUAAUGUGGGAGGGGAUGAGCAGCUUGUGGAGUAGUUAUCGUCCAUUUAUCGUUAUCGAGGUGAACUGAUCAAUAUAUCAUGAUAUUGAUUUAAGGCCAUAUCACCCAGCCCUAGAUUGUUUACAAGUUAGCUGUGAAAUAUUGAACAACUCGACUAAUCCGGAAACAAAGAAAGAAAGCGGUCGACAGAUUGACGGUGAGGAGAGUAAUGGAGGUGCAGUAAACUGAACUAUUACCUGGUUUUCUAACACAUGCAGAAUCUCGGCUUUUAAAAGUGUCAGUUAUGCAUCCUAAUUACCAAUUUAUGCUAAUGUAUUCAUACUUAUGAAGAUCAAGCUCAUUUGCCCACAUUUCAUACACACUAGACAGCUUAAUGUAAUUGAAUCAAAAGCAAACCCACUCUUUGAAUUAAGACGUAUUAAGACUCAUAUUUUAUGCAGUUUUAAUUAAACUCUGGGUUAUGUAUCCGUGCAGACCCACACAUUUUUACCAUAUGAUUGUUUGCAUUAACAGCUGACGUCUCGCUACAUUAACACUCUCUGCUGUUUCACUGCCGUUCGCUUUAAUUUCUCUUUCAACAAGAAUUUCCAAAAGGACAGUAAACGGACGAUAAUCUGGUCCGUUCAUUUCCACACGGCCUUUUUUCGUGCCAACAGCUACUGAUCAUUCUGGCUGAAUUUGCAUGUUUGCAGAUGAAAAUCCACUUUAUUUGUUUAUCUCCGAGCACAGUGGAAAAAUAUCCCGGCAAUAAAAAGCGCCUGAACUGCCUACCGUUUAUUUGUUCAUUUGCAUCCCCGCCAGCUGCAGCGAUGCUGAAAUGGAAGUCGGGCAUGAAUAUCCGUCAGCCCCGAGGAGAAAGUUAGCUCAGGGAGACGUCGAAAACUCUCAUUUGUUUCUUUUUUCCAGAGGCGUCUUUGAGGCAUGAACGCUUUCAGCCAAUCACACAGCCGGACCACGGAGUGCGGUGAAUUUUUUAAGCUUUCUCAUUUCACUUGCGGCUGCAGUGUGGAGUUUUUCACUGGUUUAAAAACAGACUGAAUCUAAUACUUUUGACUCUCGGUGUGACCCAGACACACAAACUCAGAAACAAAUCUACAGAUGAAGACAAAAAGUCACAUGGGUCUGUUUACGUCUCACCCCGGCUGUUUUUAGGGGGGAUGUAAUCUGUUGGUUCUGAAUGUAAAGCCAGUGUGGGUGUGCCUUAAACCUGCAGUUUUUCAAAGGGCCAGCAGGGGGCUCCUGAGAAAGUCAGGAAUGAGCCUCUCAGUGAGAUUACCAUCUCAGGCAAGGGCGUAGGUUUGGUCUCAACAUUGGUAGGGACGAUAUCACAGCAUAACCUGCAUGUACAUUUGUUGCUGGAGACGGGACGUUAAUAAGACCUGAUUCGGUGAAUGGGGUCACAUUGCUUUAAUUGGUUGUCUCUUUCACCUUCUUCUCCGUUAUUUUCAUCUCUGAACUGCAUCAGUGUUUGGGCGAUUAUGGAAAAAAAUCUAAAUCAAGAUUAAAUGAACUUCUUACCUCUAUUAUGAUUAAUGUAUGAUUAUCUGAAAAAAUGUCUGCAUAGGCUGCAAAUAAAAAUAUUUUUAGAUAAAUAAUUUAGAAAAUAAAUACACUUUAAAGAAUAAAUACACGCACUAAUAGGUAUUUGGUUUCAAAAGUGUAAAGUCACAACAUGCUCUAGCCUUCUUUCCUUCUAAUCCAAGCAGCAGCAUGUAGUUUUUUUUGUUGUCAUUGUUGUUGUAUUUGAUUGUCAACACUUUUCUGUUAAACACUGGGACCUCUCUCUUAGCAACUUCUUACUCACGUUUUUUUUCUUACUGACUUUUUCUGGUAUAUAGUUUCAUGCAUUUAAAGUUAACAGUAAACACAUACAGGGCACUUCUCUCUAAGCAGCUGCCCACUCGAGUUUUACAGGUUAGCAAGUUCACAUAGUUUAAUGUUAUGCUAACUCUGAUGCGCUUCGGACAUUCAGUGGCAAAAUUAGGGGGGUUCCCUCAAAAUGGACCGGCACAUUCAACAAGUGAAAAGGGGUAAAUGUAAGUCAGAACAUAAUGAAAAUAAUUCACUUAAUAAUGGUAGGGUCGAUUCUAUCCUUACAAAAUAUGGGAAGACAAUCUAAAUUACCUAUAUAACUGCACUCAUUGUAUAAUGCAAAUAAGUUUACUUAAAAGUUGGUGGGGACAAUUUGAGCACCCUGAAAAGUUGGUAGUGUUAUGUCCCUACCGUCCCUAUGCAAACUUACGCCCUUGGUCUCAGGUCAGGGUCCCGUUGGAUCGUUUGUUUUUCAUUUGUGAUUCAGAAACCGGAAAAGUCGGAGCAGAUUCCCAGUUUUACCUUCCAAGUCAAAAUAAAGCAUCUUUGGCCUGUUUUUAAGUCUUUUGUCACGUGGUCUCCUUCUCCGUCUUGUUGGAUCGUGGUACAAAAACACACCUGUUAGUUUCCCUAUCCGUCAGUUUACUGGUCUUGUGGUUAAAAAUCUGUUUUUCUUUUGCAGGAUCUGGCCUGACCUCAUCUCAACCAACCGAGAAACAUUCCCACCGAAGUCAACCUGCAGAAGUGAUGAGACCAGAAGUGAAACGUCCCAGUCUGUUAUUUUACAACAUUUGGAAAUCCUUCAAACAAAGACCCGACAGAUUUAG